GACGGUUUUAUCAACUACGCAGCGAAACCUGUCCUGUCCUAUGUCCGUUUCUCCCUCCUCUUCCCCUCUUUCUCCCGCUAUUUAUUAUUCUUAUUCUUACCCCCGUUGCAUCAUUACCAGAUCUCCCUUUCCCUCUCUCUCCCUCUUGUUUGCCAUCCUAGCUCGCCCUUAGUGCCGGACCAACAGCAACCUCCAAUCUUCCAAUAAUCUCCAAUCCAACCUCCCAGCGUCUUGGUCUAACCAACUUACCAAGGGUGCAAAUUAUAGUGGCCCCUUCUCAGCCCGGCCAACCACUGCUUCCAUCCUCCACCGCCGUCCACCGAGUGCCACUGUUCCCUGCUUCUUCGGCCAACGGCAUAAUUUUGCGGGCUUGACUCUGCCCUGCACGCUCUGCUCUGCUCUUCCCGCGGGCCACGGGCCAUGGCGUUUCUGGACUGUACUACGGAGUCCUAUUAUAUUUAAUAUUAUUCUGCUUCUUCGGAUUUAAUCAUCACUCUUCCUCUAAACCACCUCACCUAGCUUCCAACGCUUGAUUAUUGAGCGUUACCGUGCAAAACAAUAAAUCUCUGCUUCUUUUUCUCCUUGCUCGAAUCUCUCCAGAGGAACAAAUCCAAUCCCCCCCUUGUUUUUCUUUUUUGCUCCCUUCUCUCCCAACUCCCCGCUGGUUACAUCCGAUCCUAUCGACGGACACACACCACAACGGUUCUUCUCCCCUUUUUUCCCCAGCUCAACUUGGCUUUGGGCGUUGCUCGCCCCAAUUGGACCGGAUACAAAUCGUCCCGUCGUCGAACAGAGUGCUUCCCGGCCAGCUCCUUCCAGUCCGUGCCAGGACGCGAAAGGGGGGGAAAAAAAUUUAAAAAAUAAAAAAUAAAAAUAAAUUGCACAAAAACCAACCCUUGAACAUCGAGAAAAGCCCACACACAACAACGUCUUUUUAUCCUUGGUUCUAUCUUCUCUUCCUCGUUUUGACAAUUGAAAUCAUCGUUCGCCAUCAGCUCAUAGUCGGUACCAACAUACACACAUACACACACAAAAUCAAUUGACCAUGUCGUCCCCCUCCUCCAUCAGCUCCACGAAACGGAAGCGGAGCUCCUCCCACCUCACCGCAGCUCCCAUCCCUAAAUCCUCCACUACAGACCUCCUCCAGCCCUCCUCCCGUGAUGCCUCUGGCGAGGACGCUGACGACUCUACCUCAUCAUCGGCCAAACACAAGAAGCCCUCUCCAUCAUCCACGGACGCCGCGACCAACCCACCCUCCAAACGGGCCCGUACCCGCUCCACCACAGCAGAUAACUCUGCCGCUGCUGCACCAGUGACACCCGCCCACGGCACUCCCUCCUCCUCCCCUAGCAAAAAUAACAACAAUAGCAUCCACAAAGAAGACCCCGGUGAACCCUCCGAGACCACCGAGGCGAGCAUUGAUAUCGAGAAGCGGACGAAGCGGCAUGCGGCGCCGUCGCUGUUCCGCACGCCGAGCCUGGCUGCGACGGUGACGACGGCUUCUGCUGCGACGGUGGCGGCGCAGGAGGAGGGCCGCAUGAAGCCGCCUGAACGUGCCGGGCUGCAGGAUCCGGCGGGCUAUCAUACCAACCCGCCGCCGACGGGGAGGCCGGUUCGAGUCUAUGCGGAUGGAGUGUUUGAUUUGUUUCAUCUUGGCCACAUGCGCCAGCUGGAACAAGCCAAGAAAGCUUUUCCUGACACAUACCUUAUCGUCGGCGUCACGUCUGACCAUGAGACGCACAAGCGCAAGGGGUUGACCGUGUUGACUGGCGCGGAGAGGUCGGAGACUGUCCGCCAUUGCCGAUGGGUUGAUGAAGUCAUCCCCGAUUGCCCCUGGAUUGUCACACCGGAGUUCCUCGAGGAGCACAAGAUUGACUAUGUCGCUCAUGACGAUUUACCUUACGGAGCCGCGGAAGGAGAUGAUAUCUACGCUCCGAUCAAGGCGCAGGGCAAGUUCCUUGUUACGCAGCGGACAGAGGGUGUUAGUACCACGGGGAUUAUUACUCACAUCGUCCGCGACUACGAAAAAUACAUCACCCGCCAACUAAAACGCGGCACCACCCGCCAAGAACUAAACGUCUCCUGGCUCAAGAAGAACGAGCUCGAGAUCAAACGCCACGUCGCCGAGCUGCGCGAUAGCAUCAAGAAUAACUGGUCCGUCACGGGCCAGGAGCUGGGUAAAGAACUGCGCCAGUUCUGGUUGAACAGCCGGCCCUCGAGUCCCGCGCGAAGUAGCGUGGAUGGCAGCGGCGGCGGGUUUGUGUUUGGUGGCAGUCAUCGAGGGAGUCCGGGGCAUAAUAAUAAUAAUAAUAAUAAUAAUAACAAUAACAACAACAACAACAACAACAAUAAUAAUAAUAAUAAUGGGAAUGGGUCCUAUUUUGGUAUUGGGAACGGGAGCCGGACGCAGUUGGGCCGGUUGGAGAUUCCGAGUCGGCCGGAGAGUCCCGGGGUUGGUGUUGGGGCGGGGCGGAGCGAGGAUUUUGCGACGGGGUAUAGUUUGGGUUUGAUUGGGGGGGUUAGGGCUUGGAUGACCCGCAGCCGCACCUCACUUCACGACACAGAAAGCCACGCCUACCACGCGUCCUCGCCGUCGGGUAGCGAUGAGGAUCGCGAGAAUGGAGAUCGGAAAGCAAGUUCCUCGACACAGCAGCGGGGACGGAGUAAGGAGGCUGUUACGGGGUAGUGUGGUAGGCGGGCAAACGAGGCGGAUAAUAAUACUGGGCUGCGUUGCUAGAUGCUCCCAUUUCGUCGGUUGUGGAUGGUUUUUGACGCGGGGGAAUGGGAUGGGUCGGGGCGGGAUAGGGUGGGAGAAGAGAGGUGGAUGAGGUGUCUUUUUUCUCUUUUGGGCCGUUCUGUUCUCCUUCCUGUCGCAGAGGGGAGGUGGGAUGGAUAUAAGGUUCUUUUCGGCCCUGGGCUUCUCGGGAGAACUACUCGGGGGUAAGAAUGUGGUUAUGUUUGUGUGAUGUAGUCUCGGGGUAUGCGUUUGUGUAUGUGUAUGCGUGGACUUGAGAAGAUAGAGGUCUGAAAGAGGGCUGGCUGAGGGGGGGGUACGGUACAGAGAGGGGUGUCGUGUCUUUUUUUUUUUUUUUCUCUUAUUCUCCGCUUUUCCUGGGUUUGUUUGUAUGUAUGUACAUGUACAUGUUGGCUUUUCGUUUUUCAUUUUUCAUUUCCUUUUCCGUUUUUAAAUUUUUUACUAGAUGGUGAUCCGAAAGGGGAAAAAAUGGAAUGGGAAAAAUGAAUUUAAAAAAGAAUGGAUAUAAUAUAUGGAUAUGAAGAAGCUCAAAAAAAGUGAGAUGGUGUUAUAUCUAUGUAUACGAGGACUUCCGUUUCUUUAAGUUACCUGAUCGUAUAAAAUAUAAAGGGCAUUGGAGGUUGGGAGUGGCAUUUGUAUUUGUUAAUGGGAUGGAGGAAGAGAAAAAAAAAACAAAAAAAGAAACAGAUUCGAAUAUUGUCUGGGCAUUUCUGCUGUAGUUCUAUUUACAGUACAUAAUCAAAAUGAAUUUUUUAUCUAUCCCUA